AUGUGCUUCUUGCCUUUGACUCGCAGGAAAAAGCCUGGCCGUGCGUGGCACUUGUCUGGCUGGCUGUUUGGAAGUGGCCACACAAACAGGCCCUUCUCAGCCGGCCUGGCCGAUCUCUGUGGCAAAGAACAGACUCAGGAAGACCACGACUGGGCCCAUCAGGUCUUGGGCCGCGGAUCUAGAGACCACACAGCGCCAAUGCCCGUCGAGGAAUGGCCGCUAGUCCGGUUUGCGGCUGCGUUCGAGGGGUUUGAAUUAGUGGGGGGUGGGCAGGACGAAGCGCAAGACAAGGGGGAUCCAUGGAAGACGAGAGCUUACUCCGUGCCAAAAGGUUAUGGAUAUCGGGACGGUGCUAUAAGCGGGGAUAAAUUAAAUACAGUGAUGGAGACCUCGACUAUCGCUUUCAAAAAAAUAAAAGCUGCGGAAGAGAGAGAAACUCCCUAG